AUGGACAGUAUUUUCAGCUUCAGUCCGUUCUGGACCGAGGACGAGUGCAUUGUAGAUUCAGAAUCUGCCAUCGACUCAAUCCGAUGCCAUGCUUUACGAGUUUCUCUGGAAAAGAACAGGGGAAGGGAAGAGAAACUACCGUGCCUGCAGGAUGUACUAGAAGAUGUCAUCUACGCGAUCGAGAGCCUACUAUGGAACCCCCGAGACGACAACAUUAUAAUAAACCGAAUAGUUGCGCUCGGCGUAGAAGAGACGAUCGACCCCGUCCUGCUGGUCAAAGAAGCGAUCGCCCACUGGUACAUUAGCGCAGUGCCAAUCUCAACCCGAGAUCCUCACCAUGGCUUGCCGCCGGACGCAGAGAUAGAGCAGGAGGACGGCGCGACAAUACUGAGAUGGAAUCGACAAUAUGCAGCUGAGAAACACGAAAUAGCGAACCUCGGUCUCAUAGCAAUGCUCUUGACAUCUGAGACAUGGUCCCGUCCUGAAAGCCCAACUUUGCGGUUAGGGACUUUAGUGGCAAACGCCGCCACUGCAAUUUUAUUCGGAGCUUUCAUGAUUAUACCGAAAAUUAGCAUCAGAGAAUCUUCAAAUUUGCUGGUAUCAGUCCUGAAAGAUAACGAAGCGAUGCGAUUAUAUCUGAGAACCACCUGGCAAUUGGCUCAAGAUGGCGCUUCAAAAUACACACACUCGCCGUCCGCUGAGUUCGGAACAACUACAUCUGAGGUUAAAAUUGAUCAUGCUGGAAAGCGGCUCUUGAGUAAGGUUGGACAAGAGAACUGGUCUGUGGCGUCGCUUUGGCAUCCUAGUCGAAAGACCCCCGGUUCUGCUUGGAAUAAAUUCAUGAGGAAUACACAGCAACCAUAUUUCCCCUGCAAGAAAAUCAAAACUGAGAUUCGAUAUCGACUUCCAAGCUCUUGUCUCUCUUUAGCCGAGCCUUGGGAGAUAUAUUAUUCUGAGCUGCGCUCCAAAUUUGACCAGGUACGAUGUCUGCCUCCCCCGUACCUGUCCGACUAA